AUGACAAGUGCAAGGAGCUCGAAGCCAACGGCUUCAAGUCGGCUCGGCGGAGCUGCCGCCGCUGCUCAAGCGCCAGCUCGACGUCUUCGCGGAGGUCCUCAAGACGAAGAAGAACACCGACCGCCAGGUGCGCGUCAUCGGCCAUGCCGAUGCGUCCGGCACGCCGGCGGCCAACCAGGUGCUGUCGGUCAAGCGCGCCGAGUCGGUGCGCAACUACCUCGUCGCCAAGGGCGCCGACCCGGCCCUGCUGGUCAUCGAGGGCGUCGGCUCCAAGGACCUCAAGAAUCCGGCCCGCCCGACGGCGGACGAGAACCGGCGCGUCGAGAUCGGCCGCAAGCCCUGACGGCUCCAUCCCUUCAACCUCAUCCAGGAGAGACCAUGGGCAAGUCCAUGCACAAGGACGACGUCAUCUUUGGCGGCGACAAGACCUACAAGCUGAACGGCUUCAACAGCUGGUCGGAGGCCAAGAAGGCGGUGGCCGAGCAGAUCGGUCCGAAGCAGACGCCGAUGUGGUCGCAGGCCGAAUCGGCACUGAAGGGCUGGCAGAAGGAAGACGCCAUGGCCGAUGCGUACGUCAAGAUCGGCGUGGUCGACGGCGUUCUGCUGCUGCGGGCCAAGUCCAAGCGCUUCCUCGGUGACGAGGAGCGCGACGCCGUGCUGCUCAAGGGCUACAAGAUCGCUGCCGCGGCCUGGGCCAAGGAGCAGGACCAGGGCACGAGCCAGCACCUGAGCGGUCGCGAGAUCAUUGCGCGGGAGCUCAAGGACGUGAAGAAGCGCGAGGACGCCUACAAGGUCCUCAAGUCGCUCGGCGCGAACGACACCCACCUGGCGCUGCUCGUGGACGAUGCCGCGGUGACCAAGCUGCUCAAAGCGGUGCGGGUGCCGGAGGACGACAUCCCCGGCAUCGUGCGCAGCAAGGUCCUGAUCAACGAUCCCCAGGUCGCAGUCAACGCGCUCAUCGCCGCGAUCGACCGGACGAAUGACGGCAAGAUGCUGUCCAAGCUCGUUCAGAAGCUUGGGGUGUCUGCCUCGCUGCUCAACGGGCUGGCGCAGGGCGUGUCCAACGAGGUGGUGGCCAAGGAGCUGGUGGCGUUGGGCGUCAAGCCGCGUCGCGCCGAGGAGGUCAGCAUGAUCCUGCUGGACGCCGAGACGCCCGAUGAGAAGGCCAAGCGCAAGCUGCGCGACGCUGCGGGCGUGGACGAGAUCAUCAAGCGCCUGGUCAAGCUCGGCAUCCCGCAGGCCACCGCCCAUGACUGGGGUUAUGGCAGCGGCUACAGCGAAGAGGUGAUCGUGAAGGCGGUGGUCGCCAAGGGCGUGGACCGCUCGGUCGCGACCAAGAUCGCGCAGGCCCUGCUGCCCUGA